AUGUUUGCUCACUUGGCUAUGCCCUCUUACCAGUCGUACCCAAGUGGGGCUGGUGCAGGCUACAGGGAGUUUUACUGGAACUCUGCAGGGGAGGCAGAACGAGAUCCGUGCCCAGGAGGAGCAGCAAUACCAGCUGGUAAUGUCCAGUUUCCAGAGCCAGAGGAAAAGAAUGAGAACCCAGAUCUCUCCCCUGCUUCCUCCGGCUCUGGGAACUUCAGCCAGCUCACACCAGACUCUGCCACCAGCCCCCAUGCAGCAUCCCCUUCCCCACAACCUACUCCCAAGUCCCAGAAGGGUGGGGAGAAAAGUACAGGAGAGGUGAAAAAGGCCAAGAGCCGUACCGCCUUCUCCAAGGAGCAACUGCAGACCCUGCACCAGCGCUUUCAAAGCCAGAAGUACCUCAGCCCCCAGCAGAUUCGGGAGCUGGCUGCUACACUAGCGCUUACUUACAAGCAGGUGAAAACCUGGUUCCAGAACCGAAGGAUGAAGCUGAAGAGAUGUCAGAAGCAUGGCCUGUGGGCAGAGCGGGCUCAGAGUCUCAUGCAGAAUGGGUUCCACCCCAGUGGCUACCUGGAAAUGCACCCCAAAUUCCAUCAGGGCUACCCAAUCAGCACGGCUGGAAACAUCCAAGCGAUGGGCACCUCACGUCAGAACUAUGGGCCCAGCCAGAAUUCAUAUGCAUUUGUAGCCAGCGAUGACGGGGGAGUCUUCAGCAAAGCUGGGGGUGCCUGCAGUGUCCAACAGACAGUGGGGUUCAUUGCCCAGCACAAAGUAGACUUUUAUCAUGGCUUCCCUGGAACUGUGGAAUACACUGGCACAAAGACAGGAGAUGGCUAUAGCUUCCACCAUGCCUCUGCUGCUGUGACUUCUUUCCCAGGCACCUCUGGGCACCAUCUAUAUCAUACCUAAAUGGGACGGAUGCAGAAGAUCUAAGCAACUGAGACUCAGCUUCCUUUUCUCUUCCUUUCUUUGUACCUCUUGUGCUCUCUCUGUGUGGCGGUAGCUCUACAGCUGUGUACCUUUCUUACAACCAGACACUCUCACUUAUGCCUACGUACAGACUCCCACAAGCUCAUUUACAAAAACCAGUGUGCAUCUACCCAUAACCAUCUGCAAACUUGCA